AUGAGUUAUCUAAGUUUGGCUGCAUUUGCAGCAGUUACCUGCGUUGUAGCUUUCCUUGUCAAGCAACUUGUCUGGCACCCACUGGCGGCCUACCCAGAUGUCAUCAAAAAUACGGCCCCGUUGUCCGCUAUUCGCCGUCUCGCCUACUCAUCAACAGCAGCACGGCUGCCCGGGUCUCAGGCAUCGAGCUCUGGGUCUGAGGCACUGGACAUGUCUCACCAGUGUGACUACUUCACAUUCGAUAUCAUGUCAGAGGUCAUCUUUGGUAUGAAAUACAACGCCCUCAGAGAGCCAAAGUACCGCUUUGUUAUGUCAGCCUUGGAGGCAUCCAACGUCCGUAUCAGUGCCUUGGUCCAAGCUUCGAGUCUUGCGCUUGGAAGGAUCGACAAGUAUCUGUUCGCCGAUUCCAUCAAGUCCAGGAAUAAGUUUCUCGUAUUUCUUGGUUCUCUCCUUAAAAGCAGGGCAAAGGCUUCAUUCUCUGACAAUGGCAACGUCUUCUCAUACCUUGAAACUGCCAAGGAUCCGGACGGCGAGUCAACACUCAGCAAGUCUGAGAUACGAGCAGAAUCAGCUACACUAGUGGUUGCCGGGUCGGACACGUCUUCAACCACACUGGCAGCUACUUUAUUCUACCUCAGUGGAAACGCCAGGGCAUAUGCCAGGCUGUGUCAUGAGAUCAGAUCGAGCUUUGACAGUGUGGAGGACAUCCGCAUCGGAGCCAAGCUUAGCUCAUGCAACUAUCUCAGAGCUUGUAUUGACGAGGCGCUGAGAAUGUCACCACCUGUAGGGGGUGCGCUUUGGAGAGAAGUCCGGCCAGGAGGUAUGACUAUCGGGUCUCUUUCCCUUCCAGAAGGCAUCGAUGUUGGUACUGGGAUCUACAGUCUACAUCACCACGACGACUACUUCGAUUCUCCAUUUGAAUACAAGCCUGAAAGAUGGGUUGCAGGCGAGGACGGAUCGACCAAAGAGUCGGAGUUGGCACGCACAGCAUUCUACCCAUUUUCGAGUGGACCUCGCAGCUGCGUCGGAAAGGGAUUUGCCUACCACGAGAUCACGUUGACUUUGGCGCAUAUCCUUUACAGGUUCGACUUCACCAGGUCUACAAAAGACCAGAAGUCGUUUGGCGGGUCAACUGGCAACGUGAAUGAGUUCCAGAUGUGGGAUCAUGUUACAUCCGCCAAGACCCCUAAUGAUAUCUGCUGGCCAUCCGAUAAAGAGUGGGGCCGAUUCAAUAGCUCCAUCGCCGGAAACCUCAUCCAGACGGCCCCACCUGCGGCGCCGUGUUAUGCCGGACCCAAUCGGGAUGCCGCCGCCUGUGAAACCGUCACCCAGGGCUGGAGCACGGCGACUUUCCAGGCAUCUCAGCCCAUCGGCUAUGACUAUCCUCUCAACUCCUCUUGUCCACUAGCUCAGUUCACUGCCAAUGCCCCCUCGGCCAACUGCACCAUCGGAAACUCCCCAGUGUUUGCGAUCAAUGUCACCGACGAGGAGCAUAUCUCGAAGGCGGUCGAGUUCGCCAAGAAGAACAACAUUCGUGUCGUCAUCAAGUCUACGGGUCAUGACUUCCUUCAAAGGUCGACUGGCUACGGCAGCCUUUCCAUCUGGUUGCAAAACUAUCGAAAAGGUUUCAACUUCCAUGAAGACUUCCAGGUCGUAAACAAGUGUCCCAAGUCGGACUGGAAAGGCAGCGCAUUGACUAUCACUGGAGCCUACUCGUGGUCCGAUAUCUACCCCACUGCCUUCGAGAAGAAUCUCAUCGUCGUCGGCGGAAACAACAGGGGGCCUUGUGCCACUGGCGGUUGGACACAAGGAGGCGGUCACAGCCCGGUGACUCGCUUCUACGGGCUCGGUGCCGACCAGGUCCUGUCCGCAAGGGUCGUCUUGGCAUCUGGAGAGAUAGUGACAGCGAGCCCUUGCAAUAACACUGAUCUCUUCUACGCCAUUCGUGGAGGAGGUGGUGGUACCUACGGGGUCGUGACACAGAUGACAGUCAAGACCUACCCGACCAAGAAUAUUGAUGCCAUCGACGUUGUUAUCGGCACCGCAUCAACAAGCGCAAAUGUCUCGGCCAAGUUCAUCGAUGCGAUGACAGAUAUCUACUCGUCCUACCCUUAUCUUUCGGAGGUUGGCUUUGCCGGCUACGGCGCCUGGGCAAUGAAUAGCCCAGUGCCAAUCGGCGGCAACUUUUCUACUUUCUACACCCAGACGUUCACUACGCUGGGCAACGAUGCAGCAGAGGCGACCCGGUUGUUCAAGCCUAUCGCAGAGAAGAUUUCUCCUCUGAAGGACGCCGGCUUCACUGUUUCCAUUACGCAGAAGGCGUACACAGACUAUGGUGCCUACUACGCCAACAAGUCAGGAACAGAUGCAACUGUCGGCGGCGUCUCUGCCCUGGCCUCCCGCUUGUUGGGGAAAUCAGCGUUGGAGGGCAAUCGAGACCAACUUCGCAAAGCUAUGGAGACAAUGGCUGGAAAAGACGGCAAGGCCGUGUUCCAUACCGUCGUCCAUCAUGGUCUUCAGACGGCGCAAGAAACGCGAGACACGUCGUCCGCGGUCCAGCCUGGUUGGUAUGAUGCUGUCAUCCUUGAUAUUUUUGAGAGACCGAUUCUCAGUGGCGAGCUUUCUGUGUCAUCGAACAUCGAUCUCUUCGACGACAUCCGUCAGAACGUACUCCCAGUCUAUCGGGAACUUUCACCAAACACUGGAACUUACAUGAACGAAGCGGAUUGGGGCGACACGAAUUUUCAGGAGGACUUUUACUCCUCAAAUUGGAAGCAAUUGAUUGAGAUCAAAACCAAGUAUGAUCCAUCCGGGGUCUUUUACUGCCAGACUUGUGUCGGUAGUGAUGAAUGGAAACAAGAAGCAAGCGGCGCAUUGUGUCGACGAUGCAGCUCUCGAGAAGGCCGCUGUAACGGUCGCAAUGAUGGGGCCGAAGGCAUGUGCGCUUGCUGGUAA